AUGAUCGCCAAUGUAACGCCUCACCUGAUGAUGCAGCCUCGUCACACUGCAAAGCUCGCAGAUGGCUCCCAAACUCGGUCGUUAACAAGCAUGUUUCCUGUAUGUACUCUGGACGCAGGCCUACGUACCGAAGCUAGCGAGCUGCUGGCUCAGGCUGUGUUGGUUCCACAUCCUCCCCAGGAUUCUGGCUUGGAUAUUGCCUACCUUGCCAGGAAACUCUCCUCUUCUCCCUUCUAA